AUGGCCUCCAAGAAACCUGCCGAUCGUCCGGUCCCCGCAGCCGAGGACGCCGACGUCGCCACCCCGGUACGCUUCGACUCCGAUGCCGACGAGAAGCGCAUUGCCGACGUCAGCAGCAGCCCCUCCGGAGAUCCUGUCGAGAUCAGGGACUUUCCCUGGACUUGGAAGCUGACCGCCCUGAUAUGUGGUGUUGCGCUGUCCUGGGGCUCGUCGUUCUCCGAGAAUACGUUGGGACCCCUCAAGAGCACUCUGAUCAAGCAGCUUAACAUCAACAACUCACAAUAUGGUGCCAUCUCUUCGGCCACGUCACUCGUGAACACGAUUCUUCCGAUUCUCGGCGGAUACGGGCUGGAUCAUUAUGGCGUCGAAUGGGGUUCGUUGGCUUGUUCGGUCGCAAUCUUCAUCGGCGCUGUCGUGUCAGCGGCUGGUUCCAAUAGCGAUUCUUUCACCCUGGUUGUGACGGGCCGAGUGAUUAUGGGCUUCGGAAGUACUGUCAUUGAGACUUGCACUUCAAAGAUUCUGGCCCAUUGGUUCCAACACAAAGGACUCGGACUUGUGUAUGGUUUGGACCUGUCUAUCGGAAAGCUCAUCGUUCUCAUCGCCAAGGCCACCGCGGUUCCCAUGCGAGAUGCGUCAUCAUUCUGGGGGUGGGCCCUGUGGAUUCCCGCCAUCGUCUGUUUCGCCAACCUCAUUCAAAACAUCUUCUACGUCUGGUGGGCCCGAAGCCGGCCCGAGUGGACUCAGAUGCCCACCGGUCAAAAGCUCGCCAUGGAGAUCAGAGCUCGGGAGCGUGCACAGCGCGCGCAGAAUAAUGAGGUUGCCACGUUCAGGACCAGAGCAACGGCCCGCACUCUAAGUGCCCUUCCUAACUGGGGAGCUCUCCUUCGUGUUCCUCGCUUCUUCUGGUUAGUUGCUUGCACUCAAAUUCUGCAAGCUGGUGUUGUUGGUGGCUUUAGCGGUCUUAACGCCGACAUCAUCACCCAAACCCGGGGCUCCACCGCUCAGCUUGCCGGCUACACUUCCGCCGUCCAGCAAGUUAUCCCCGUUGUGUGUGCACCUCUGAUCGGGUCUUUCUUCGACUAUGUCGGCUACCGCAUGAUGUUUGUCAGUCUUACAUCAGCCAUCUGGAUUCUGGUGUACUGUCUUAUCGGGUACACCCAGACCAACGCACUUGGAUCAAUGGUCAUUGCUUCUGUGGCAUCAACUAUGAACGCCCUGCCCUUCCUGGCAUCUAUCCCACUAAUUGUGCCGAACCAACUCGAGCUUGGGCUUGUAUUUGGUAUUUGGAAGGUUUUCAACAACAGCGGAAGUGUCAUAGUUGACAUGAUUGCUGGCAGGCUGCAAGACAUUACGCCUGGAGGAACAUAUGAGCGCGUCAUUGCUUUCUUUGUUGCCGUGAAGGGCCUGGAGUUUUGCCUUGGGCUGUUCUAUGGAAUCCUCGACCGCAGAUACCUGGCGGGCAUUCUUAGCAUCAGCAAUAAGAAGCGCAUGGACAUUGAAAAGGAGGGAAAGCUAGGAGACCUCGUCGGCAGAAGGCCCGCAAGGUCGUUCACGGCCGUGGGUAUUUCGCUGGUUUGCUCUCUGAUUAUCAUUGCCUGGGUUCUGUUCAUCAAGUACUCCAUUUAA